AUACCGUGCACAUAUAUACGAACGUCCCUACACAGAAUUUAGCAACGUAUUGUCCUUACCGGAAGUGACCGAAAUUGUCAAAAUAUUGGGAAAUAUGCCGAUUAAGUGCAAUAUAUGCGGGAAAUCAGCAAUACUAAAGCGACCGAAAACAGGGGACGCUUUGUGCAAAGAAUGCUUUUAUUAUGCCUUUGAAGAAGAAAUUCAUAAAACAAUUAUAGAUGCCUCUCUCUUUACCCGUGGGGAGACCAUAGCAAUUGGAGCCUCUGGUGGAAAAGAUUCCACAGUACUGGCAUAUAUUUUGAAGCUAUUGAACGACAGACAUGAUUAUGGUGUGAAGCUUGUUCUGCUGUCAGUUGAUGAAGGAAUUACUGGUUACAGAGAUGACUCUUUGGAGACUGUGAAAAGGAACCAGAAGCAGUAUGAUCUACCACUGAAGAUUAUAUCUUAUGAGGAAUUGUAUGGUUGGACCAUGGAUGCUAUCGUGAAACAGAUUGGUCUGAAAAACAAUUGUACUUUUUGUGGUGUAUUCCGACGUCAAGCUUUAGACAGAGGUGCCCUUCUUUUGAAGGUUGAUAAAAUAGCUACAGGGCAUAAUGCUGACGACAUUGCUGAGACUGUGAUCAUGAAUGUUCUGAGAGGGGAUAUUGGGAGACUUAGACGCUGCACAGCAAUUACUACAGGUACAGAUGGGGCAUUACCAAGAUGUAAACCUUUUAAGUACACGUAUGAGAAAGAGAUUGUGAUGUACGCCUACUUCAAAAAUCUCGACUACUUCUCAACAGAAUGUAUAUACUCUCCGAAUGCCUACAGAGGGUUUGCGAGGGCAUAUAUAAAAGACGUUGAGAAAAUCAGGUCAAGUGCUAUUAUAGACAUUAUACAUUCUGGCGAGAGUUUGUCUGUGAAGAAGGAAGUCAGGAUGCCAGUGCAAGGUGUUUGUGAACGGUGCGGAUAUAUAUCGAGCAAUCCCGUAUGUAAGGCAUGUGUCAUGUUGGAGGGACUCAAUAAGGGACUACCGAGACUGGGCAUCGGUAAAACACACAAGGAAAGGAGAAAGAUGGAGCAGAUGCUAUCUGACAAAGCCAGUGAUUUAGAAUCAAGUACAUCUGGUUCCCUUUCUGACAUGUCAAGCCUGGAUUCGGCCAUCUCUUGUAAGCUGGACUGUGAUAGGUCAAACUGUUGCUGUCAAGUGAACAAGGACCAAUCAGAAGGCUCGGAACUUCCCAAUAACGAUUCCAGUGGUUGCUGCAAGAAAACGGCUAGCCAAUCAGGAUGUAAUGAAGAUGUUGACAAGAGCUGUGAUACCAACAGUGCAGGAAACGCUGUAGCUCUAGAAAAGUUGUCAGUGUUUAACAGAAAGAUAGAUAAAGCUGUUAUAGAUUUUUAGCAGAACAUUGUUAUUUACCUCAUAAGUCUAUUUAUAGAAUAACCUUUGCGAGGCCUGCUUUGCAUUGGGCUCAACAUGAUUCUUUUAUUAUCAGCUUGUUAACGUGUAUAUAAGUCAACCUUUAGAUUUCUCAAUUCCUUUGUUUUAAAAUACUUUAAAUUUAGAAUGUUAAAAGUACAUGUUCUAUUGUCCAAGAAAUUUCCAUUUUUUAGUAGAAAAUGGGUA